GAUGAGAACAUGGCCAAUGGCAUUGAUGAACUGAUCGGCAUUCCCUUCCCCAACCACAGCAGUGAAGUCCUGUGUAGCCUGAAUGAACAGCGGCAUGAUGGCCUGCUCUGUGACGUCCUGCUGGUGGUCCAGGAGCAGGAGUACCGGACCCACCGGUCAGUCCUAGCAGCUUGUAGCAAAUACUUCAAGAAGCUCUUCACAGCAGGUACUUUAGCUGACCAGCCUUAUGUCUAUGAGAUUGACUUCGUCCAGCCAGAGGCUCUGGCCGCCAUCCUGGAGUUUGCCUACACAUCCACCCUCACUAUCACAGCCUCCAACGUAAAACACAUCCUGAAUGCUGCCAAAAUGCUGGAGAUCCAGUGCAUUGUUAAUGUGUGCCUGGAGAUCAUGGAGCCUGGAGGGGACGGGGAGGAGGAAGAUGACAAGGAGGAUGACGAUGAUGAGGAUGAGGAGGAUGAGGAGGAGGAUGAGGAGGAAGAGGAUGAAGACGAUGAGGAUGAGGAUGAUGAGGCUGAGGACUUUGCUGACCAGGAAAACCUACCUGAUGCCCAGGAUAUCAGCUGCCACCAAAGCCCCUCUAGGACAGACCACCUCACAGAGAAGGCCUAUGCAGACACCCCCAGGGACUUUUCCAACCCUUUCCAAGCAAAUGGCAGCCCCGGUCAUCUGGGGGUCAUCCGUGAUUUUUCCAUUGAGUCUUUAUUGAGAGAAAAUCUCUACCCCAAAGCCAACAUCCCUGACAGAAGGCCUGCCUUAUCGCCCUUUUCCCCGGGCUUCUUUCCGCACCUCUGGCCUGGAGAUUUUGGUGCCUUUGCCCAGCUGCCUGAACAGCCCAUGGACAAUGGACCCCUAGACCUGGUCAUCAAGAAACGGAAAAUAAAGGAAGAAGAGAAGGAGGAGCUCCCGCCGCCGCCACCACCACCCUUCCCUGGUGACUUCUUCAAGGAUGUGUUCACUGACCUCCCUGGGGGACCCCUGGGACCCAUAAAGGCCGAGACCGACUAUGGCGCCUAUCUCAACUUCCUGAGUGCCACCCACCUAGGCAGCAUCUUUCCCCCAUGGCCACUGGCGGAGGAACGGAAGCUAAAGCCCAAGGCAUCCCAGCAGUGCCCCAUCUGCCAUAAGAUCAUCAUGGGGGCAGGGAAGCUGCCACGGCACAUGAGGACGCACACAGGGGAGAAGCCGUACAUGUGUAACAUCUGUGAGGUUCGAUUCACCAGGCAGGACAAGCUGAAAAUCCACAUGAGGAAGCACACAGGUGAGCGGCCUUACCUGUGCAUCCACUGCAAUGCCAAGUUUGUGCACAACUAUGACCUCAAAAACCAUAUGCGCAUUCACACAGGUGUCCGGCCCUACCAGUGUGAGUUCUGCUACAAGAGCUUCACCCGCUCAGACCACCUUCACCGCCACAUCAAGCGCCAGAGCUGCCGGAUAUCCCGGCCCCGCCGAGGCCGCAAGCCUGCUGCGUGGAGGGCUGCCAGCCUUCUCUUUGGUCCCACUCCCCCAACGGAGGAAAAGGCCUUCAUGAUGCCACCGACCCUAGGGGAGAUCGGUGGCCACCUUGGCGGGGCAGCCAUGUGCCUGCCGGGCCCCAGCCCCCCCAAACACUAUCUGGGGGCCCCAAAGGGAACCCUCAGCCUGCAGGAGCUGGAACGACAGUUUGAAGAGACACAGAUGAAGCUGUUUGGGAGGGCACAGCUGGAGGCGGAGAGGAAUGCGGGGGGCCUCUUUGCUUUCGCCUUGGCAGAGAACAUGGCUGCCCGACCCUACUUCCCACUCCCAGACCCAUGGAGUGCCAGCCUUGCUGGCCUUACAGGGCUGGCAGGACUCAACCACAUGGCCUCUAUGUCCGAAGCAAACAAUUAG